AAGGCUAAAGUCCUCAGGAGGAUGUGGCUGCAGAACCUGCUUUUCCUGGGCACUGUGGUCUGCAGCAUCUCUGCACCCACCAGCUCACCCAGCUCUGUCACUCGGCCCUGGCAGCACGUGGAAGCCAUCAAGGAGGCCCAGUGCCUUCUGAACGACAGUAGUGAAGCAACUGCUGUGAUGAAUGAAGCAGUCGAAGUUGUCUCUGAAAGGUUUGACCCUGAGGAGCCGAAAUGCCUGCAGACCCACCUAAAGCUGUAUGAGCAGGGCCUACGGGGUAGUCUCCUCAGCCUCAAGCAGCCCCUGAGAAUGAUGGCCAACCAUUACAAGCAGCACUGUCCCCUUACACCGGAAACUCCCUGUGAAACCCAGAAUAUCACCUUCAAAAAUUUCAAGGAGAAUCUGAAGGAAUUUCUGUUUAACAUCCCCUUUGACUGCUGGAAGACAGCCUAGAAGUGAGGCAGGCCAGUGCAGCCAGGAGACAGCCCUGAGAGCACACCUCACGACUCACCGCCCUCGAACCUACAGAUUGCUGAAACUCAGGAUCUUCACCUUGGAGGGACCAUAGUGGGGGCUGUGGCCAUGGGGGUGGGGUGGGGCAGGGCAUAGACUUGUGCUGAGACAUGCUGCCCGAUACAGGCUUGGUAUGGGGAGCGGGCAAUGUUUUACAU